ACGGACCCUCAGCCUCCGUGCGCCUGUCGCAGGAUCAGCGGCGUCACGCCUGCGUCCUCACGCAAACGUCAUAAAGACGCGACGGUAGUUACGCACGACGUUGAGUGUGUAGCUCUUGCCCGUUCAUCAUGGCUCCAUCACCAACCAAGCGCAGGGAGCGUUCGGAGGACAAACCCAGGGAACGAGGGAAGGAGAAGGCUGCUGGGAAAGAUGGAGCGGAGAAGGAGCGCGGCCGAGACAAGAUCCGCAAGCGUCGCAGCAAAUCCACCGGCAGCAGCAGCAGGUCCAGCUCCAGCUCCAGCAGCAGCUCCGGCUCCAGUUCCGGCUCGUCCAGCGGCUCCAGCUCUUCCUCUGGUUCCAGCCGCUCCGGGUCCUCCAGUUCCUCUCGGUCAUCUAGUUCAUCCGGGUCCUCCGGGUCUCCCAGCCCGAGCCGCCGCCGCCACGACAACCGACGCCGCUCGCGGUCAAAGUCCAAAUCACAAAAACGGACUGAUGAGAAAGAGAGGAAGAGGAGGAGCCCGAGCCCCAAACCCACCAAACUUCAUCUGGGAAGACUCACCAGGAACGUUACCAAGGAACAUAUUCAAGAGAUCUUCUCGACUUAUGGCAAGAUCAAGAUGAUUGACAUGCCACCGGACCGUUUGCACCCGAAUCUGUCAAAGGGUUAUGCUUAUGUGGAGUUUGAGUCUCCAGAGGACGCCCAGAAAGCCCUCAAACACAUGGAUGGAGGUCAGAUCGACGGUCAGGAAAUCACAGCCACAGCUGUCCUGGCCCAGAGGAUACGCCCUGCCCCGAGAAGACCGUCUCCUCCUCCGCGCCGCAUGCCUCCUCCGCCUCCCAUGUGGCGCCGCACGCCGCCUCGCAUGAGGAGAAGGUCUCGUUCUCCGAGACGACGCUCGCCGGUGAGGAGACGUUCCCGCUCCAGGUCUCCGGGUCGCAGGAGACAUCGUUCCCGCUCCAGUUCUAACUCGUCCCGUUAGCGAGAUGCUCCAUUCUCACCAGUGGCUUGUCUUUUUGGAAAGCUCGUAUUUUA